AACUCGACGAUGCACGUUUUCAAACGUUCAAGGUCGUACCUCGUAACGAUUGGAUAGGAACAAAUUGUUAUUUACAAAGUACUGAAUAAUCGAUUGUUUGCAUCUGCACUUUGAGCUUGGUAACCGCAAUUCGAUAGGCACUCAUUGGGCAAAGAGCCUAUACUCAACUGAUAAUUCACUCUAACUCAAAUCCAGCCAUCUGAUCGAGUUCCGCCUAACGAUGUCGAAUGUACAGAUCUCGGUGGGAAGUGGAUACUCUUCUUUGACUGGGUUUAUUUUUCUUUUUAACAUUAUUGUGGGCACUGGCGUUUUGACACUUCCAGCAGCGUUUCAGGAAGCGGGAUGGUUGAUCUCUGCAUGUGUUGUAGUUAUUCUGUGCUUUUUGAGCUUUCUAACUUUUACAUUUGUCAUUGAAGCGUUAUCUAUAACCAAUGCAUUACACAAAUCUAAAUAUCUACGUGAGGGUGAAGAGCAUGAUGACAAAAAAAGUUUGGUUGGUAGAAUGUCUGGCGGUACGUUAUCAACCCUUUUAUAUGUUUUCAGAAGUUACAACUAGAAUUGCUCCAAGUGACUUCGAAAUUACGGAGAAAUACGAACUUGUUAGUGUUUUCUGUUAUUGUAAUACAUCUAUUCAGGGUCAAAUGUCGCUCUUUUAUUUUGGUAAAGUGGGGAAUGUUUUGAUGUACAUCAACAUUUGUGCGUAUUUAUAUGGUGACCUAACCAUUUACUCUUCAGCAGUUCCAAAGUCGUUACGCAAUGUUAUCUGUUCUUUUAAUAAUUCACGGGAUUCUUUGUCGGAUUCAGACCUUUGUUGGGGAUCGUCAUUCCUCACUCGCUUAGAUGUAUAUAGGAUAUUAGUUGUUUGUUUUGGUGCAUGUGUUUGCCCAUUCUUGUUUUUCAAUGUAAUUCGUUCUCGAUGGCUUCAACUACUGACCGUUUGUCUACGAUGGAUUGGUUUUAUUUUGAUGUUGAGUUUUUCAAUUGAAAGAGCUAUUAUUCUGCGCAAAAAUUUUACAGUUGCAACGUUUCACCAUAAUGUUAGUAUGUAUUGGAAUCCUUCAAUCUAUUCAUUACUUAUAAAAUCUGAACCAGUUCCAAAACCACCAGCCUUUCAACCUCAAAAUAUACCAAGUUUAUUCGGAGUUUGUGUGUACGUAUUUAUGUGUCAUCAUUCUAUACCUGGUAUUGUAACUCCUGUUAGAGAUAAGAGUAAGAUACUAUGUAGAAUAUUUAUACCUGUCUUCAUUACAGUUCUAUUGUUUAACCUCUUAUUAUCUACUACAGCUAUCAUUGCAUUUAAUCAUAUUGAAGAUAUUUACACAUUGAAUUUUCUACCAAACAAUGAAUUCAUCGAUAUAUCACAAAUUCCUUAUACAUUAGCUUUGAUAAUAGGUUAUUUUUUAUGUUUAUUUCCUGUAUUUGCGUUGACUUCAUCUUUUCCAAUAGUUGGCACUAGUUUACUUGGAAACAUUUUUUCUUUAUGUAACUUUUUCUCUGUAUUCGGAAGUGAUAAAGCUCAAAACAUUCUGAAGUACACAUUACCAUUUGUCGUACUACUGCCACCAUUAGGGAUUGCAUUAAUAACUAAUAAUGUUGGAUAUUUGACUGGUUUUACCGGGGCAAUUUUUGGUUCAGGUAUACAGUAUAUAAUACCAGCGCUGUUAGUAUUUAAAGCACGUCGAUACUUUACAAACUGCGUUCCUCUGAAAGAAUCUAAUCUUGAAACAACAACAGAUCUACAGCAAAGUGAUGAUACCACAUCGGGAACUGUUGGUGAAGAAAUGAUACAACCAACUUCCAGCAAUAAUAAUACGGAGAAUAGGAAUAUCAUAUAUGGUUCAACAAAUGACAUAACAACACCACAUUCUGUUUCAAUUAUAGGAAAAUGUUCCAACCAUCAUUUAUUGUCUAUUUCAAUGCAUGCAUCACCAUUUCAGCACUUUUUCUGGAUAAUAAUAGCUUUGAUUUGGGCUUUAUUUUGUACUAUCAUUGUCCUCAUUGACAAAAUACACCAUCUUUGAACGCUACGUUUCUUAGGAUUUCAUUUUUUCUGAAAAAUCUAAACAUGUUUUACUCCUCUUUAUCAGGACCUCUUUGUUGAUUAUGGCUACUUUCACUGAAUUACAAUAGUGAUUUUAUACUUUUAACCAAUACUAAGUUGAUUAAAUUAUAUAUAUUACACAUGUAACUAUGUGUUCCAAUGUUGUCUAGUUGUAGUAUUUUUAUCUUUUAACUAUUAGUAAGUCGACCG